GUUUUCGAUUUUGUGUUUAAAUGAAAAAUGGACAAAACGGAUAACGACCGUUUCCCGUUUUGUCCAAUUUUGAUACUUAAGCAAGUUGCGUGAACCGGAAAUGAAACUUUACUAGAAGCACUGCGCGCACAGCGGAGAAGCCGCUCUGAGAUGGAAAGCUACGUGGAAACCUACGUCCUUUUCCAUGGAAAUAAGAGGGUAACCCUACGACCAGAAGAUAUGACAACAGAAAAAAUCGGUGUCAUAUUUCAGGUCCAAAAAGAAACUGUCUAUUUGACAGAUGACAACAAUGUGGCCAUAUUUCCCAGACCUGAUGGUGACUUCAACACCUUUGACCUCAUCACCAGAAGUCACUAUGAGGUGCAUGGUGACAGCACCACUGCUGAGCAAGCAACAGCGGCACUUCCGACUGGUCAGCCUGUCCGCUUUUCUUUUCACCGCUCAAUCAGUACAGCCACAAGCUCCUCCUGCUCAAGGAGCACCACCACCAAGAGCUUUGUUAGGAAUAUCCUCAUGGCUGAAGUGGUUAAUGGAAAGCUGGAGACCAACAAAAUAGUGACAGUCCGCUUCGCAGAGUUUGAGGCUUGUGUGCAGACCAUCAGCACUAAAGUAACAGAAGCCCUUGGACUGCAGGAGGCAGUAAUUUUGACAGAUACUCUGGGAAAUGAAAUAAUCGAUUCAGAAGGAACAAGAGGGUCAGCAUACUGGAAACAAAAUUCAAGGAAAGUGUUUGCAGUGCCUGAACAGCAAAUGGAGCUGCUACAAACCAACAAAAGAAAGAGGCUGAGUCGAAAAGAAGAUACUGGCCUUCAGGAGGUGAUUGCUGACAUCGAGGAGGUUGUGGAAGCAGCCCAGGGACUAAAGGAAGUGUCCAAGAUUAUCAAGACUUUGACUGGACAGUCGACAAUGACAACCACACUUUGUCUUUCAGAGGCUGAAGUAGCCUCUCUAAAACUGGUCUUCGGCUGUCUUGUCUGCACAGGUCCUGCAGCUAAGCCUAUUUUUUCUACCUGCUGCAGAAGCUUUAUUGGGUGUAAGGAAUGCAUCGAGAGGUGGAACAGCAGCCAUGAUUACUGCCCGAAGUGUCGGUCUGUAGAUUUGGAUAGAGGCAUCCACGAAGUGGCUGGACUCGAUGAGGCACUGGCAGCACUGGAGAAGUUAUUCUAAACAUAAUCCCAGUAAAAGUGGCAGCAGUUGUUUGUUUACAGUGUACAGUUCAGAUUUAUUUUUGUA